UUGGUGGCUGGGAUGUUGUGGCGGGACCCGGCCAGCUUAUCUAUAGAACUGGUGUUGGGCUCAGGAUGCAGCGAAAAGCGGAGGGGGAGGCGAGAUGGCUCUGAAGCCCGUAGGGUCCGCGAUGAAGAAGAUUUUUGGCUUUCGGAGUAAAAAGGGCGAGUCCCCCCGGGCCUCCUCCGGCCGGAGGAGGGACAGCGCGGGCUUCGGUCGUGAGAGUAGCGAUGGAGUCAACUCACGGCCCGGGUACCACAUCCGAGACGAAGAUCUCGGAAAGAUCCACAAAGCUGCCAGCGUGGGCAACGUAGCGAAAGUGCAGCAGAUUCUGUUGCUUGGCAAAAGUGGCUUGAAUGACAGAGACAAGUUGAACAGGACUGCUCUGCAUUUGGCCUGUGCCAAUGGCCAUCCAGAAGUGGUAACUCUCCUAGUAGAGAGAAAAUGCCAGCUUAACCUCUGUGACAGCGAAAACAGAACAGCUCUGAUGAAGGCUAUACAAUGCCAGCAAGAGGAAUGUGCAACUAUUCUGCUAGAACAUGGUGCCGAUCCAGAUGUUACAGACGUCGGUGGCAAUACUGCCCUCCACUAUGCUGCUCGUGGUGAGAAUCUGUCAAUAGCAGCAAAGCUGCUUUCAUACAACGCAAAUAUCGAAGCAAGAAACAAGGAUGACCUCACACCACUUUUACUUGCAGUAAGUGAAAAUAAACAGCAAAUGGUGGAAUUUUUAGUAAAGCAAGAAGCAAAUAUACAUGCAGUCGAUAAGAUGAAAAGAACAGCCCUCAUGCUUGCUGUAAAUUAUGAAUCAACAAAUAUAGUCAGGCUUCUUCUUCAGCAAGGUAUUGAUGUCUUUUCUCAAGAUAUCUAUGGAUGGACUGCAGAAGAAUAUGCUCUUGUUAGUGGUUUUGCUAUCAAUCGCCAACUAAUUUCUGAACAUAAAGAAGAAAAGAGACCUAAAACUUGUUCACAAAAUAGCAAUCCAGUGGAUGAGAGUUCUGAAGAAUACUCUUUAAGCAGGCUUUCCGACAAAGCUGGCAUUGAUGAUUCAUGGCCUACAUCGGAUGAUGAAGACUUAGACUUUGAUACCAAGAAUGUCCCAAAACCAAGCUUAACAAAGCUAAUGACUGCUUUUCAGCAAUCCAAGAAAAACAUAGAAGCAGAACGUGGUACUGUGAGACCGGAAAAUACAAUGCUAUUUGAGGACGAUAAUUCUGAUAGUGAAAAUGAAGAUGUGGUUGAAACUCUUCCCAAACCAUCAAUCAAAGUCCAGGGCUUUUCUCCUCCUGCCUUUCCGUCACCUGAACCUCUUCUAAAACCUACUGUGAGGUCUUUUGCAGACCUUGAUCUUACAAAGGAAGAAACAACAAAGUCAGCAAUUGGGAAAAAAGAAAAUGGUAUUGAUAUUAUUCGAAGUACUCCACAAGAGCAAACAAAUAAUGACAAUUUGAUUUCUGUUGAGGGAGCACACAAAGAUAAUAGAAGUGAUCUGAUGUCAGCAUUAGGAUUAGGAGAAGAGGACGGUGUAGAAUCACCUUGGGAUUCUGAGAGUAUUUCUGAGAGUCUUCCACAGAAGUAUGUUGAUCAUUUAUCUGGAGCUGCAGACCAAAAAGGAAAAGAUAUGUUAAAUGAACAAGUAGAAGAUGUGUUUUAUGUACCUUCUUGCAUGAGUGGAUCAAGAAACUUUAAGAUGGCUAAACUAGAGGAUAAAAGAAAUGUAGGCAUACCAGUAGCUCACAUGGAUUCUCCUGAAAAAUGUCCUCACUUAAAGCCUACCAUUGAAGUGCAAGAUUCUGUUCCCAAGAAAGCAGGAGGAAGGAAGGAUGUACAAACAUCCAGAUCAGAUUGGGAUUCUACUAGUCUGACCCUCAAUAACCAGACUUGUCAGAGAUCCGGGAAUUUGAAAGUUGGUGAUAAAUAUCCAUUUGUAUCCCAGUCAAUGACCAAAAAUCAGACAGCAUCCACAGAAUUUGGACAGAUGGCAUUAGUAGCUUUGUCAGCAGAAGUAGACUUGGAAAUCACAUCAGAGGAAGAGCAAGAAAGGCUUGACGGAAGUGAAAAUAACCACCUGCAGGUUGAAGAAGAAAAGAAGAAGCACAAAAGCAGUGAAAUGGAAAUAUCAGAAAACAUAGAUGCUGCUGCUGCUGCUGAGAAUGGAUUAAUUCAACAAACGAGUGGAAGAGCUGAUAAGCAGCGCUUUCCUGUUAUGGAGAAUGAGGAUUCUGUCAGUAGUGCUCCUGGCUUGCAUAUGAAGGAAGUAAAGAAAACUAAGGAUGAAAAAUGGACACCAAAAGAAUCUGUGAUUACCCCAAUGUUUGAGAAGGCCGACUCGCUACCUGGAGGUCUACUACAAGUGAAUGAUGACAGCAGUUUAAGUGAAACAGAUCAGGAUGAUGGGAGGCCUGCGAAGAAAACAUCUAAUGAAAAGAACAAGGUCAAAAAGCAAAUUAAUUCUCUGGAUGACCUUGCUGACUUAACUCAGUCAUCUGAAACAGCCUCAGAGGAUUGCGAGUUGCCAUACUCCAAUUAUAUGAAUUCCAUGUUGCUAAUUGAACAACUUGGCGUGGAUUGUAAAGAUUCUGUUAGCCUAUUGAAAAUCCAGAAUGCAGUUCUUUCAUAUGAAAGAUUAAUAGAACUUAAAAAAAAUCACUGUGAAUUACUUACAGGAAAAAUUAAAAAAAUGGAAAAUAAGGUUAGUGGACUACAAAAGGAGCUAUCAGAAACGAAAGAAAUGAAGUCACAGUUAGAGCAUCAAAAAGUGGAAUGGGAACGAGAAGUCUGCAGUUUGAGAUUUACCUUAAAACAAGAAGAAGAGAAGAGAAGAACUGCUGAUAAGUUAUAUGAAAAAAUUAGGGAGCAAUUAAGAAGAAAAGAAGAACAAUAUAGUCAAGAAGUUGAAAUGAAACAACAGCUUGAACUCACUCUUAGAACACUAGACAUGGAAUUGAGGACUGUGAGAAAUAAUCUGAAUCAGGUUGUGGAAGAGCGAAAUGACACUCAGAGGCAACUUUCUCGAGAACAGAAUGCCAGAAUAUUACAAGAUGGAAUUCUGACCAACCACCUUUGCAAACAAAAGGAGAUAGAAAUGGCUCAUAAGAAAUUGAACACUGAGGUUUCUGAUAGUCAUGACAAAGAAGAUCUGUCACAUAAAAACCACAUGUUGCAGGAUGAAAUUGCCAUUCUAAGACUGGAAAUAGACACAGUAAAAAAUCAGAACAAGGAAAAGGAAAAGAAAUAUUUUGAGGACAUUGAAAGAGUAAAAGAAAAGAAUGAUGAUCUUCAAAAGACAAUAAAACUGAAUGAGGAAACAUUAGCGAAAACAAUAUUUCAAUAUAAUGGACAGCUUAAUGUUCUAACAGCUGAGAAUACAGUGCUAAACUCUAAACUGGAGAAUGAAAGACAAAACAAAGAAAGACUGGAAACAGAAGUUGAAUCAUACCGUUCUAGACUGGCUACUGCUGUCCACGAUCAUGAUCAAAGUCAGACAUCAAAAAGAGACCUAGAGAUUGCUUUCCAGAGAGCAAGAGAUGAGUGGUUUCGCUUACAGGACAAAAUGAAUUUUGAUAUAUCUAAUCUGAAAGAUAGUAAUGAGAUUCUUUCUCAACAACUUUCUAAAGCUGAAAGUAAAGUCAAUAACCUAGAAAUUGAGCUCCAUCAAACAAGAGAUGUUCUCAGAGAGAAGACUUUGGUUUUAGAAGGUGUACAAAGAGACCUCAGCCAAACACAGUGUCAAAAGAAGGAAAUUGAACACAUGUAUCAGAGUGAACAAGGUAGAGUGAAUAAAUACAUCGGGAAGCAGGAAUCCUUAGAGGAGAGAUUGGCUCAACUACAGAGUGAAAAUAUGUUGCUUCGACAGCAACUGGAUGAUGCUCACAACAAAGCUGAUAGUAAAGAAAAGACAGUAAUUAAUAUCCAAGACCGGUUUCAGGAUAUUGUAACAAAACUUCAAGCCAAAAGUGAAAAACAAGGUCUUAUGCUGGAAGAAAGAAAUAAGGAGUUAAUGGAUGAAUGUAAUCAUUUAAAAGAAAGAAUGUAUCAGUAUGAAAAUGAGAAAGCAGAAAGAGAAGUAGUUGUGAGACAACUUCAACAAGAACUGGCUGACACCCUGAAAAAGCAGUCUAUGUCGGAGGCUUCUCUGGAGGUUACAUCACGAUAUCGUAUUAGUUUAGAAGAUGAGACACAGGAUUUAAAGAAGAAAUUAGGUCAAAUAAGAAGUCAAUUGCAAGAAGCACAGGAUCGACAUAUAGAGGCUGUAAGAUGCGCUGAGAAGACACAAGAUCACGUGCAAAAGCUUGAAAUUGAAAAUGCCAAGUUAAAAGUUACAAUCAAAAAGCAAAUGGGCAAAAUUGAACAGCUUCAGAAAAACCUGUUAGGUACAAGUACGUCUGAGGAUGAAAAGGAACAACUAAAGAAAUUUAUGGAGUUAAAACAAUCUCUGGAAUAUAGUUUGGAUCAAGAAAUGAAGAAAAAUAGUGAAUUAGAAAAAGAGAUUACUGGAGUUAAGAAACUCUUAAAAGUGACAAGAAGGAAGUUAAAUGACUAUGAAAAUGGAGAGCUUAGUUUCCAGGGAGAUUUAAAAACCAACCAAAUUGAAAUGGAUAUUCAGAUGAAUAUGCUAAAACAUAAGAUUGAUGACCUUACAGCAAAAUUGGAAACUGCAUCUUCAAAAUGUGUACAUCUGGAUGCAGAAAAUCAAGUUCUCCAACAGAAGUUAUUAUCUAUGAAAGCGCUACAAAAGAAAUGUGAAAAACUAGACAAGAAUAAAAAGAAGUUGGAACAAGAAGUCGUAAACCUCAGAAGUCAUAUAGAAAUGAACAUGGUGGAACACGGUCAAGUAGAACAGUAUAGACGGGAGAUUGAAGAAAGAGCAAGACAGGAUAUAGUAGAAAAAUUAAAAGAAGUCAAUUUAUUUUUACAGACACAAGCAGCAGCUCAAGAAAACUUAGAGCAGUUAAGAGAGAAUAAUAAUGCUUCAAUAAGAAGUCAGAUGGAACUCAGAAUUAGAGAUCUGGAAUCCGAACUCUCCAAAAUGAAAAUUUCUCAAGAAGAUUUUAAUAAAACAGAAUUGGAAAAAUAUAAGCAACUCUAUCUAGAAGAAUUAAAAGUUAGAAAAUCAUUGGAAAAUAAACUAAACAAGACUAAUGAGAGGCUGGCAGAAACCAGCACAGAACUUCUGCUGAAGAAAGAGCAGAACAGGUCUUUACUCAGUGCUCUGACUGCGAGGCCGGUCCUGGAGCCGCCUUGUGCUGGAAAUCAUAAUAGUAGUUUAGUGCUCAAUAGAAAUCUUACUCCAAGAGAAGAUUUAGUGAUUCCUACCUCACGGCCACGGCCCUCAAAUAACAGCAUGGAGACUUACUUGACCAAGAUGCAGGAGGAGUUGGAAAAAAAUAUAACUAGAGAACUAGAAGAAGCUGCUGCUGAAUUUGAAUCUGGACCCUGCAGAGCUUCUCCUCUGGGAUCUGCUGAUGAGUCAAAUCUAAAUCAAGAUCUAGUUUUGAAAACGUCACAAGAAUACGUCCAGAUUUUGAAGAAAAAUUACAUGAUCUGAAGAACAAAUAGUAAAAAUUUAUAUACUGGGCCAUUUACAUAACAUUUUAAUUGUUUCCCAUUAUACAUACGACAUAUGAAAAUCUUAAAAUAUUUUUAUAUCUUACAUGUAUGAUGAUUAUUUAUAUAGUAUUUUAAAUUGUUUCUUGGCAUCGAACUAACUUUUAAGCAGAUUUUGUGAAUGAAAACCAGCACUAUUGAGUUUUACAUACUUAAACUGCCCACAUACCAGCUGUUUAAAGAGCACCCAAACAACCAAGUUGUCAUUCACACUUUAAUGGUGUUAAUUGAUAGCUUAUUUGUAUUUUCCAAUUUUUAUCACUAUAUAUGGACCUAAAGAUUUAGACAAACAUCAUUUGAAAUGCUGCUGCUGUGGCUAUUGUCGUUGUCUGGAUGUGUCACAGUUGUUACAGUCCAUAAAAUUUUUUAUAUAUAAUUUUAAUUUUAAAUACUGAUUCAUAGAUCUUUGCUUGUGGAGAAAUAAAAUUUGCCUAAGGCUGUUUGCCUUUUCUAUUUAUUUAUUUUUGAUUUACUUUUUGGAAACUGUUAAAAUUAGAGAGAAGUUCCAAGUUUUAGUAAAGAACUUUUUUCUCCUGAACCAUUUGAGAAUAAAUUGCUGACAUUAUGCCAUCAUCCCUGAUUCCUUUAGUAUUUAUUUCCUACAAACCAUAACAUUCUACGUAACUACCGCACAACCUUCACAAUCAGAAAAUUGACACUAAGGUAUUCUGUCAUUUAAUCCUCAUCUUUUCAAGUUUUACCACUUGUCUGUGGCGUCAACAGCAAAAAGAUCCUGUUCAGAUCCAUGAUUGCAUUUAGUUGCCAUGUCUCUUAGUCUCCCUCAGUCUGGAACACUUCCUCAGACUUUUCUGACUUUCAUGGCCUUGAAUCUUUUGACGGGUCUGUUCCAGUAACGUAGACCAUCCCUCAGUGGGGAUUGUUCUGAUGUUUCCUCAUGACCGGUUCCGACCACACCUUUUCACAAGAGUAUCACAGAAGUGGUCCUGAACUCUUCACAUCGCGUCCGAUCAUGUGACCCACAAUUCUGAUUUGUCCCAGUACUGCUGGUGUGAAUGCUGACCACUGAGGGUAGUAUCUGCCGGGUAAUGCUAGUUUUCCACUUUAUAAUUUAGUAUUUUGAGGGGGAAAAACUUUGAGACUAUGUAAAUACCUCUGUUCCUCAUCAAACUUUUGAUGUAUUCAUUUACUAUUAUCAAUAUGGAUUCUUGAUUUAUUCAAUGAGUUAUAAUUUGUUAAUAUCAUUUCUAAAAAUUUAUUAUUCUUUUAGACGUUCUGUUUUGAGAAUUUCAGGCUUAUUGAAAAGUUGUAAGAAUAACAGAAUUUCUGGAUACCGUUCCCAAAAUGUUAACAUUUACUCUAGCUGUUUUAUCCUUUCUCCCUUCUCCUCUCUUUCCAGAUAAAUAUAAAUGUUGGUAUAUAGUAUAGAUUUUUUUUUCCUGAACUGUUUGUAAGUUUCAGACAUCAUGCCUCUACUCCUAAAUACUUUAGUGUAUAUUUCCUGAGAAAAGGAAUUAUCUAACAUAACUGUAAUGUAGUUAUCAAAACCAGGAAAUUGGCUAAAACUGCUUUGAUAUUAAUAUGUAAUCUGUGGACCUUAUUCACAUUUUGCCAGUUGUCUCAAUAGAGUCAUGCACUGCAUAAGGACAUUUCAGUCAAUGACGGACUGCAUGUAUGACAGUGGGUACUAAAUCCCAUAGGAUUAGUACCAUGUAGCCUAGGUGCGUAGUGCGCCAUACCAUCUAGGUUUGUGUAAAGAUGCUCUGUGAUGUUUGCACAACAACAAAAUCGCCUGGCAAUGCAUUUCUCAGAACACAUCUGCUUCUUUAAGUGACGCAUGACUGCAAUAUCCUUUAUAGGCAAAGAAAAUCCAAGAUGCUGCAUUGUGUCCAAUUUUCCUUUUCUUCAGUCUCCUUUAAUCCAGGACAGUUCUUUAGUCUUUGAUUUUCAUGACAUUUACAUUUUGAAGACUACAGGUCAGUUAUUUUGUAGACUUUCUCUCAGGUUGAGUUUGUGUGAUGUUUCCUAAGUAGAUCCAGUUUAUGACUUUUGGGCAGGAAUGUCACAUAAGUGAUGCUGAGUUCUUCCCAGUGCAUCAAAUCUGGAGGCACGUGCUUGGUUCCAUUACUGGUGAUGUUGACUUCAAUCAUUUGGUUAAGAAGUGUCUGCCAGGUUUGUCCAUGGUAAAAUUACUAUUUACCCUUUUAUUUCAUAAAUAUCUUGUGUCGAGAUACUAUCAGACUUUGGAAAUAUUUGGUUACUCCUCAAAAUUCCACCCACUAGAUUUCACAUCCAUUGAUGCUUCUCGCUUGAAUCAAUUAUUAUUAUGAUGUUUGCCAAUGAUGGUUUUUCUUAUGUGUCAUUGCUUCUACAUUCAUAAAUAAAAUGAAAAACAAAGGAGAAGGGAAAGCUUGUGAUUUUGGUUCUUAAAUUGGCCCAGAUUUGGCCAGUGGUAGCCAUUUCAGGCUGACUUCUUGUCUUUUUGACCUGUCCCCAUUGUUCUUUGAGCACUUCCUUGCUCUCUGGUACA